AUUAUCCCCUUGCGGAAGGGAAAAUAAAAAAUAAAAAAAGGUCGUGUCACCAUUUUUGCUUUGUCAGCAACUUCUCACGAUUUCGCAUCCUCAACUGCUCACCCACUCAUCCUUCCUCCGGCCACUCCACGACACAUCCGCCAUGUCAUCUUCUCGCCCGGCGACAGCCGCUUUGUUGCGCGCGCUGAGGCGGACAACCACUUUAACAGCUCCACUCGCCGCCCGACAUGCGUUCCGCGCGGCUGCUGCGACACCGCUGCUCCGACCGGCCGCGGCCGCUGCGGCGUGUCACUCGACCUUCUCCUCCGUCUCGCCCGACGAGGUCGAGCACUUUAACGCCCUCGCCGCCGACUGGUGGGACCCCCACGGCUCCUCGCGCUUGCUGCACCUUAUGAACCCGCUGCGCCACGCCUUCAUCCGCGACUGCCUUGCCAGCCAGCCGGACGCACCCUCGACGCCCGCGCGCUUCCUCGACGUCGGCUGCGGCGGCGGCAUCUUCGCCGAGAGCGCCGCCCGCCUCCCCGACACGACCGCCGUCACCGCCAUCGACCCGACCCCCGGCGUCCUCGCCAUCGCAAAGGGCCACGCGCGCCGGGACCCGGCACUGCGGGGGAAGCUGGAGUACAAGGCCGCGACGAUCGAGACGCUGCCGGUGCCGGCGGCGGCGGCGGACCAGUACGACGUCGUCUCCGUGUUCGAGGUCGUCGAGCACGUAUCGUCGCCGGCCGAGUUCCUCGCGCGGUGCGAGCCCUUUGUGCGCCCCGGCGGGUGGCUCGUCGGCAGCACCAUCGCGCGCACCUGGGUGAGCUGGCUCACGACGAACCUCAUCGCCGAGGACCUGCUGGGCAUCGUGCCCAAGGGGACGCACGACUGGCGCAAGUACAUCGACGCCGACGAGCUCCGGGCCAUGUUCGCGGGCGCCGGGUGGGAGACGCCGCGUGUUGUCGGCGUCGUCUACGUGCCGGGGCUGGGGUGGAGGGAGGUCCAGGGCAGCGAGAAGGUCGGUAACUACUUUUUUGGCGUGAGGCGGGCCCGUAACGACGUCGACUGAGAUACGAAGGGGGAGACGACGUAAAAUGACGGUGUGCCGUCUGUGUAAUAACAAAAGAGAGAGGGGGAGUAUAAUGAUAUGUACUGUACAGUAGGCCCGGUGAUACCCUAGGCUGGCCGUGUUCGAAACAAAUGGACACCCAUAACCAUAAAACAAAACUCUAUCUAGGCUCUCUAUCCUUCCCUCCCUCCCUUUUUUCCCACAAAAGUCGACAUUGCCGACAGAUGGAAGUUCUAGUUGCGCUCCCUGCCCGCCCGGGUGUCCGGACCCCCCUCGGCUGUGCCGGUUGCACUGGUCCGACCCGUCAAGUGAUGUGUGAUGUGAUGACUGAGUUUGCACUCUGACUUUGCGGGCCGUUGUGGUGCUACCGUGCUGGCAACGCGCCACGAGCCGAGUUCCGAUUGCUAAUGCGAUUCCCUACCCGUGGUCUGAUGGGUGUGGGGAGAGAGGUCUGUGACCUCCAUGCCUGGCAUUGUGUGCACAUGCCUGGUACACAUGCCUGACAGUAUCAGAUACAAUCAGACGAGAAGAGACAAGAAGCAGAUUUCGCCACGGCGGCGGGACAUUGGCUCUGUGGGUCUCUGUGGUCAGUCACUGGAACGCCAAUCUAGAACAUGUGUUGUAAAAUGUGUAUCUCCCAUAUCUCCUUGGGUAGCCCAAGGUCGCCGUCCGUAUACACCAACAUGAUGAGGUAGGUUAGGUAGGCACUGAUACCGGCAGUGGCUUGCCCAAUCAGACGCGGUCGAAAUCAAAUAAGCUCGGGCUUAUCUGUUAUCAGGGGUGUGUUGUGAUGUAUGAGAGUAUCGAGGCGUCGGGGGGCGGGGACGGAGACGGGACAUGAAGACUGCUUUCUCUUUCUCCUAGGAGGCAAGAUGCCACAGUGGUCUCCCCACGCACAGCGGCGGCACCACCCCGGUCCCUCAUUCGCUCGCGGUUUCAGCAAUGGACGUGGGCGUGGGAGGUGAGAGCUUUCGUCGCGAAGACCAACAUCUA